GAUUUUUUCACAGCCCAUUGUAAGCAAUCAGGCAAAUAGAAGCUUGCAGUCUUGUAGUGCACAGGCACUUCUUUUUAGAAGGCAGAGAGCAAUGCUCAGUCUACUGACAGGCGAGCCAGCAGACCGACAAGAAUUCAGGACAUAUUCUCAUAGCACUAACAGACGGUAACACCACCAGUGGGUCUCCUGAAGCCCACUUUGACUCUCCUGGGUGUGAUUGCUCCUGACUGCACAUUCAUCCUCGUCUGUUGCUGGCAGUGAAACCCUGCAGAUGCACUCAACCGCAGGCCUGCUUCUCAACCCUGCAUCUGUCUCAACACUCGCUCUCAAGCUGUGGGAAGACGACCCGCAUGUUUUAUUGACACAGCUACAGGUGGUUUGAGUUUUAGCCUCUGGUGGACUGGGAGGGUUUUUUUUCCAGUGUGGUGAGUUGCGGUGUCUUUGGAACCAGUAUGUUGUCUACUGUUGUGGGAUGUUUGGUAUUCACCCUGCUGGGCUCAGGGCAGGCUCAAGUUGCUGCACAGAGCCAGAGUCAGGGCCAGAGUCAGGGCCAGGGCCAGGGGCAGGACGGCUCUGCCACCCCAUGGAGGCAGGUGAUUCAGUGGGAGAACAAUGGCCGGGUGUUUAGCCUGCUUAACAGUGGAGCUGAAUAUGUCCCUGCUCGAGCAGGGGCCCAGGACAGAGCUCCCAGGGUGGUUGUGGCAGAUUCUCAUCCACGCUCACCAGGCAGGCCUCAGGGAGGUAAUGUCCGCCGACAGGCCCCUUCAAGAGGGUCCUCUGAGACUGUCCGUGGGCAGGCAAGACAUCCUUUUGGCUUUGGGCAAGUACCUGAUAAUUGGAGAUUAACUGCAGGCAACACAGGUGGGAGCCAGUUCCAGGGAUCAUCUGCCAGUCGCUUCAGGCCAUCCACAGGCUCUUCAUCCUCCUCAUCAUCAUCCUCGUCUUUCUCUUCAUCCUCUUAUAAUUUACCAUCCUACCCACAAUACCAGUUUCCUCAACAGACUCCCUAUCAACCAGUGCCUUAUGACCCUAGUUAUUUGGAGGCACCAGUCAGGAGCUAUGAGCCUCCCUUUCAACCUGUUGGUGGUGGAGGAUAUCCCGUUGGAGGAUACGGUGUUGGCCAGGCUUAUCCUGGAGGAGGGUAUGCAGGUGGUGCAGCCCCAGUGCUCCCUGGCUCCCCAUCCGAUUUUACUGAUGAUGGCUACCGUUACUUCCAGUCUUACAGCUACGGGUCCGUUCCUGCGGUUCCUGCCGUUCCUGCCGUUCCUGCCGUUCCUGCCGUUCCUGCACGUGCUGCACAACCACCAUUCGCAGAUGGUCUGGACCGCAGAUACACCCACAGUCUCUUCAAUGAGGACACGGCUCCUGCUGUCCCUGCCCCCAUUCCCAACCAGGCCACACCGAUGUUAGUGGACAGGACUGGACCGGCAGUGCAACCACAAAUCAGGAGCCCUCAAUAUGAGCAGUUUCCUCCAUUUGGAAGACCCCAACCUCCUUUCCUGCAACCCAUUCCUGCAGGAAGAAGUUCUCCAAACUCUGCCGUUGAGAACCCCAAUAUGAGUGUUGGAAGUGUGUACCGGCAGGAACAGAUAGGUUUUCCUGACCUGGUUCCUGAUCCCAAUUAUGUGCAGGCCUCCACAUACAUCCAGAGAGCGCACAUGUAUUCUCUCCGCUGUGCUGCGGAGGAAAAAUGUCUGUCAAGCUCUGCCUAUGGCCCUGAGACCAGUGACUAUGAUGUAAGGGUCUUGCUGCGAUUCCCACAGAGGGUGAAGAACAAGGGCACUGCCGACUUCAUGCCGAACAGGCCACGUCACACCUGGGAGUGGCAUAGCUGUCAUCAGCACUACCACAGUAUGGAUGAGUUCAGCCAUUAUGAUUUACUGGAGGCCAGCACUGGCCGUAAAGUGGCAGAGGGGCACAAGGCGAGCUUCUGUCUGGAGGACACCACCUGCGACUUUGGUCACCUGAAGCGCUACGCCUGCACCUCUCACACUCAGGGUCUGAGCCCCGGCUGCUACGAUACAUACAAUGCUGAUAUCGACUGCCAGUGGAUCGAUAUCACAGACAUCAAACCUGGAAACUACAUUCUAAAGCUCCAGGUUAAUCCCAAAUUCUUGGUAAAGGAAUCCGACUUCACCAACAACGUGGUCAGGUGUAACAUUCACUAUUCAGGACGGUUUGUUCGAACAACCAACUGCAAGAUAGCACAGUCUUGAACAGGCACUGGGAGGCUGCCACACUAGAGUGACCCUGAUUGCUAUUCCAUUGAAAUGUGAAUGGAAUCCAUUUGUUCUUAGUUCAUUGUUGAUGUUGUUUGUCUCUACUCUUUUUUUUUUGCUGUUUUGUAUCCUGCACCUGUGUUGAACAAGUGCUCUCCGGCACUGAGAAGAAUGUCGAGGGGAUGAGGGUUAUUAGACACACAAUACAUAUUAUACAUCGAUAUCACAAUAAUGAACCAACAAUUCAGAUCCCUGCAAUCGACAAACUAUAUUGCAACCCUAUCAAUCAGGUUUGGACACACAUUAGGACAUAUUAUUGACUGUCAAAGACAGCUUUACUGUAUCUGCACACAUUAAUCUAUACGCACACCCCCACACAGUGGCUCUCCUUGAAUUUUAAAUAAAGCAUAAAAUUGUGCCAGUGCUGAAAGGAGUGACUCUUAACAGGUCAGGGCUCAGACGAAAUCCCCCAAAAACUAAAUUAGGAGACAAAGUCUUCUCAAGUGCAUUCACCCGUGCAGUGUGGGGGCAGACAAAGAUACCCAGUGACUCUGAAGAACUAUAAUGUGCUAGCUUUGUUUUUUGUCUUCACUGCCUCAGUGGGUGGGAUACUGUGACUCUCUGGGCACAUGCUGUUUAAUGUUAUGUUAUCAGCAAGAAGAGGACAGCAGGUCCUAUUUUCAUUUUUCAGCCCCAUCAAAUUGUAAAGUCCGGAUAAAGACAGACUGUCAAUGCUGGGUGCUGCACCUUUGUGUCCCCAUUCGUCCUUUCUUAUUUCAGUAAUACAGGAACAGGAAGCUCCGCUGGCAGAAAAUGGUGCUUUCCAGAAAACAAGACUGGCAGUAUGUUAACUCUGUGUUUACACUGUGUUUACACUGUCCUGGAGUCUCUUCUUCAACUACCAACACUGGUCAGAUGGCACAUAUGUCAUCUAUACCUUUUGAAGAAUGUAUAUACAAAUAUUCCACACGUGCAUGACUUUAACGGUGGAGAUUAUUUUGUUGUAACUGUUUGUACUUUGUUUAUCCAUUCUGACCUGUUACUGUAAUUUGUGAAAUCUUAUAUAUUUUCUUGAUAAUCUGAAUUAUACAAAGUGUAUGUGUUAUUGGAAGGAAAAAACACUACUGCUACAGACUUAUUAUUAAUGCAGAGUGCCAGAAAGUCGUCUACCUACCUCUCCAACCGAGUGAGCUGUUGAUUACUGUUAAUUGUUUAGUUUCCAUUGGAGAAUCCUGCAAUGGCUGUUUAUGACAGCACACAGGCAACCUUCAACUCUACUGCCUCUAUCAAAGUAUACAUGAUCUGGUACAGCAGACAAUGACGUACCUUUAUUACAAACAUCUUAAAGUCAUAAUCCUUAAGAUUUCCGAUAUGGCUAUGGCACAUGACACAGGUGACACAUUCCGUUUAAUACAACAGUUCCCAGAAUUCUACAGGCAGAGGAACAACAGUGUGAUUUCAUGCUGCACAUGGUACAAAGUAGGCAGAGGAAGAAGUCGUUCUCCACCCAACAGAAGGACACAGUAACAGGAGGAGUUGCAGUUGUAGUCAGUUGCCUGCAGCUCUUCAUGUAACACCUCCCUGUCCUGGUCCUUUCUUACGUAUUCCUUUCUGCAAUAUUUCAAACUGAGGAAAUGCAUGUGAAUAUUCAGAACCUGUCGGUGAGGGACAAGAUACUGUGGCUGGAAGCCUUCUGGUUUCCGUGUAUAGUUUGACCAAUAACGUUUAAUGCAGAUUAAUUAAAAAGCCAGACUGCGGACAACCAAAGCCUGCUCAAUCUGCAUUCAUAUGCAGCUAGCUGUUAAUAGAGAUUAGCCAAAAUGUCGGCUGAACCUAAAACACCUACAGAAAGUAUCACUGCUUGUGUUUUGUGUGGAGAAAAGUUUGACUCGAACAUUGAACAGUGUGUGGCAAACUGAAAACGGAGUCCAUUGCCUUUACCCCCGGAAGCUUAUUUGUCGUCAGACAAUAGCCAAUGGUGUCCAAGAUUGUUGUUAAUCUGAGUUAAACAGUAAAGGAUGAUAUCAGUGAGAUACAUUUACCAACAGCAGCACUGGAGUACUUGCCUGUACUGUUGUGUAAUGCAUAUGGGGGCAGUUUUAAUGGAGUUUGGAAAUAGUGAAUCCUGCCACUAACAAUUACAGCGAAAUGGGAUUUGACAACAUGACAAUCUUAAGGAUUAUUACUUUCAGAAUGUGUAUGAAUGUGAUUACAACAUUUCCCAGCAAUAAUCCGGAUCAAACAACGACAAACCACCAACAUUAUUAAAUGUGGUUUUUCAUUCUGCAAUUUCUGCGUUCUGUUUCUAAUGUAGAAUAGGCCUAUUGCACCUAGUACAUACAUCUGUCAUCUUGUACUGUAAAAAGUCAGUUGUUUAAUUUGAUCCACUCUGGUAGCUCACGAUUAAACUGUACAUUUGCUGAGAAAGAUGCAUCAACAUGUGACUCUGACAUCAAGUGGAACAACAACACAAACGUAGGUGACAGUUAAGCAGCAUCCUUGACACGCAGUGAUGGAAUUUGUAUUCAACACCUGUCAAAAUGUCAUAUAGCCUACAAUAAAUGCAUUUACACAUCUGCUGGGCUCAGAGUGGGAUAUGAAUGCUAUUCAGCUUUCCUUACAGUGGUGGUUCAUUCUUCGUAUGAGACCACAUCGACAGGUUUACAUAGAAUGCAUGUCAGUAGAUCCAAAAGAAGUGGCAAAUGAAAAGUGUGACAAAUUAUUGGAAUCGUCUGCUCCAUAGAAGAUUAGGUGUGAUUUGUUUAAUACAUUAAGGCAUUUU